AUGGUGAUCAAUUACAGCAAAUGGGACGCCCUCGAGCUAUCAGACGAUAGCGACAUUGAAGUACACCCAAAUGUCGACAAGAAAUCUUUCAUUCGCGCCAAACAAGCCCAGAUCCACCAAGAGCGCGACCAGCGCCGCCACCAGAUAAAGACACUCAAGUACGAGCGCAUCAUCAACGAUGGGCUCACAGAGCGCGUCGACCGUCUCCUAACAGCGCUCAAGUCGCACAAGGACAAGCAGGCCGAGGGCAAUGGCGCAAACGACGACCAGCUCGUAUUCCAGGCGAUGAUGGAGAGCAUGAUGGACAUGAAGGUCGACAAAGACGGAGGCUCAGACAGACCGCCGCCACCACCAGAGGGUGUGCAUGAGCAUAUCAAGGAUAAGCCUACAUACCCGCAGAUGAUGGCGAGUUUAGUGGACGCGGUGAAGAAGGAUAUUGACGAGCAGAAGAGCGAGGAGCCGCGGUACAACCUAUUCAUACAAGGACUGGAGAAGGAAAAGGCGCGCAUACAAGAUCUCCAGCAGCAGUUACUGGCAAAGCUGGCGGAACUAGAGAAGGAAGACAAGAAGCACAUCACUAGUGAUGACAUACACGACGGUUUCAGUUACUCUAAUGUCAAGAAAGCAGAAGAAGAGCAGAAAAAGGCAGCAGCUCCGUCAUCUAGCAAGAAGGAAUCCACCGUCGAAUUACUCAACAACCCGCAGAGGCCCGCAGCCACCGGAUCAGACACAGGCCAGUCCUCAGGCGCCGAUGCCGACGUAGAGGAAGGAAGCGCCACAGGAGCCGCAGCUGACGACAAUGACGAAGACAUCUCUGCAUCCCCACUCGCACAGUCUUUCGCCAAGAUAAAAGUUGGGGAUUGGUACGCCUGCCUGCAGUUCCUCAUGGCACACCCUGAGAUCCUAUCCGAGAAGGAAACAGACGGCCUCCUUGUAGAAGCAUUCAACUCUGAACUGGACGGCAAGCCUAAACACGCUCGGCAAUGCGUACACCAGGGCCUGUUACUGCAGUACUGCAGGCAAUUGGGCGGCAGACAGGGUGUCGAGCUCUUCUUCAAGCGCAUUCAAAUGAAGGACCACCAAGCAGGCAAGAUGUUCAACGACGACGUUGACUCGACAUAUCACCGCAUCAAGACGCGCGCUGCCGAGAUCCUCAAGGAACGCGCUGAGAACCCGCAAUCCGAAGGCGCGGGCGUAGAGCAGAUCCAACUCCACGCCGUAGACCCCAAUACCCAGAUCAACAUCUCUGUCCCACCCAAAGAGUGUGAUGCCACGGACCCCGAGGAGAAGGCGGCAAUAGAGCAGGCGAGACAGAUCUUUGAGUCGUUCCCACCAGGGCUGCAGAGGGCGCUCGAGAGUGGGAAGCUGGACGAGGUGAACAAGGUGCUGGCUAAGAUGAGUGUAGAUGAAGCUGAGGAGGUAGUGGAGAAAUUGGGUCAAGGAGGCAUGUUAAGUCUAGAGGAGGGUGUUAUUGAUGCGACAACAGAGGAGGGCCAGAGCGUCAUGGCGGAAAUUGAGAAGAACAGGAAGAUGCCGAGUCAGCAGUGAGCUGCAUGUCUGUCUCAGAUGAAACUAAAAUGUAGGACGGGCAACGGCAGAACCGUAUGAGAUGAAAGCUGCAAAUGUAAAUUAUGCCUAAUGGUAUCUUGGAACGACCAAGAUUCUAAUAUCGU